CGAGUGGUAAAAGAGAACGCAUGUGCAGACACCGGAGCGGCUACGCAACGUGAACGAAUUGAACGAAGCAGCAGCAAGUACGAGCCAAAGGCUUACCCACUCUCUUAGCCCCGGGACUCCAGCCCAUUAAUCCAAGAAUCAGAGCCAUCGUCAUUAGGGCAGCCAAUUAGCCAAGUCAGUGAUUGUGAUAAUGCUUAAAGGUGUCCCCACGCUAGCCGGUCGUAACCUGCGCCUUCUAACUGGAUCCGGACAAGUGCUGGUCCCCCAUCGCCCCAAGGCAUCCGCCGCGGAGCCGGCCGAGGCGGACAUCGAACUGGGCCAGGAGCCGAAUCUCUUGAAGCGCGCCAAGUUCGGGCAUACGGGAAAACAGCUGCAGCAUAAAAUAGCCACAGAGAAGAAACUACGCGCUCCCCCGCUACUGAAUCUAGUGUUUGCCAAUCGCAAGUUGUCCUUCUAUGACACCAGCUCUACGCCAAAGACCAACGAGGAAAAUGCCAAGCUCCACCGGGAGCAGGAGCAGCGGAAUGCCGAGGACGUGCUCUUCGAUAUGUUCGCCAGCGAGGAGACGGGCCUCAUCUCGAUGGGCAAGUUCCUCGCCGGGCUGAAGACCACUGGCAUCCGGCGGAACGAUCCCCGAGUUCGCGAGCUAAUGGAUAACCUGAAGAAAGUUCACAAACUGAAUAACUACGAGACGGGCUCCUCGGCGGAGACGCAGCACCUCAACCGGGAGACCUUCAAGGCCGUGGUGGCCCCCAACAUUGUCCUGAUUGCCAAGGCCUUCCGACAGCAGUUCGUUAUUCCCGACUUCACUAGCUUCGUCAAGGACAUCGAGGAUAUCUAUAACCGCUGCAAGAGCAACACCCUGGGCAAGCUGGCCGACUAUAUACCCCAGCUGGCUCGCUAUAGUCCCGACUUCUGGGGCGUGAGCAUCUGCACUGUCGACGGGCAGCGGUACUCCAUUGGCGAUGUGGAUGAGCCCUUUACCCUCCAGAGUUGCAGCAAGCCGCUGACCUAUGCGAUUGCUCUGGAGAAGCUCGGACCCAAGGUGGUGCACUCUUAUGUGGGUCAGGAGCCCAGUGGCAGAAUCUUCAAUGAACUGGUCCUGGAUCAGAACAAGAAACCGCACAAUCCCAUGAUCAAUGCCGGUGCCAUUCUAACCUGCUCCCUGAUGAACGCCCUGGUCAAGCCGGACAUGACCUCGGCCGAGAUCUUCGACUACACCAUGUCCUGGUUCAAGCGUCUCUCCGGCGGAGAGUAUAUCGGUUUCAACAACGCCGUAUUCCUCUCGGAGCGAGAGGCUGCCGAUAGGAACUACGCCCUGGGCUUCUACAUGCGGGAGAACAAGUGCUUCCCCAAGCGCACGAACCUUAAGGAGGUCAUGGACUACUAUUUCCAGGUCUGCUCCAUGGAGACCAACUGCGAGGCAAUGUCCGUGAUUGCCGCCAGCUUGGCCAACGGUGGCAUCUGUCCCACCACCGAGGAGAAGGUGUUCCGCCCGGAGUGCGUCCGGGAUGUGCUCUCCAUUAUGCACUCCUGCGGCACCUACGACUACUCUGGUCAGUUCGCCUUCAAGGUGGGUCUGCCAGCCAAGUCGGGCGUAAGUGGCGGCAUGAUGCUGGUCAUCCCGAAUGUGAUGGGCAUCUUUGCCUGGUCACCGCCCCUGGAUCACCUGGGCAACACGGUGCGAGGCCUGCAGUUCUGCGAGGAGCUGGUCAAUACGUUCAACUUCCAUCGCUACGACAACCUGAAGCAUCUGUCCAACAAGAAGGAUCCGCGCAAGCACCGCUACGAGACAAAGGGCCUGUCCAUUGUGAAUCUGCUCUUCUCGGCGGCCAGCGGGGAUGUCACAGCCCUGCGGCGCCAUCGCCUCUCCGGCAUGGACAUCACCCUGGCUGACUACGAUGGUCGCACGGCCCUGCAUCUGGCCGCUUCCGAGGGCCACCUGGAGUGCGUCAAGUUCCUGCUGGAGCAGUGCCACGUUCCCCACAAUCCCAAGGACCGUUGGGGCAACCUGCCGGUGGAUGAGGCCGAGAACUUUGGCCACCGACACGUGGUGGAGUUCCUGACCAACUGGGCGGCCAAGGCGGAUCAACCGGAAGAGUGCAAGAACGAGGCGGUGACCACCAAGACGCAAGCAGAUGAGGUCAGUUCAUGUUUGAAUUCGAGCUCAAGUCCAGGUUCUGAUUCAUGUGCAAGUCCAAGUCCGAAGACGAAGAUGAUCCUGAUCCAUAAAUCUUUUGGCAAGCUGAAGCUAAAUUCCAAUCUCACUUUUCAGGAAAUCGUCAGCACCAGCGACCUGGAGACCAGUCCGGCCACCACACCCGCAGAGUCGGGCUCCAGGGCGGGAUCCGGUAGGUCAAGUCCGGCGCCAUCGGAGGCGGGCAGCACGGCGAGCGCUGGAAGCGGCAGCAGCGUCGAUGACAAGACCAAGCCGGGCCUCUAAGAGGGCAGAGUUCCGGAUGCGCAGGAUCCCCCGUUGAAUCUCUCCGACUAAAUUAUUCGCACAACACUUUAGUUUACACCUAUGACGUCUUAUUAGAUUAAAGCUAAGAGUUCCCCAAUCGUUAGUACUAUAUAAUUUGUAGUGUCAUCUGCACGAGCGGCAUUUGUACUUGUACUUGUAGCGCCUAGUUAGCCUCAAAUAUUCCAGGGUAUCCUACGAAACAAUGACAAUAAUCUUACGAAUAUCCAAGCCCACACAAAUGGGAAGGGGUCUGUGACCCGCCCAAGAAAUGUAUUGCAUUCAUACUUGUCAAUUGAUAUUUGUGUGUGUUUUUAAGUGUGUUUGUAAAAUGUAUUAAUUAUCCUGUUCCAAGGAGCCGAUCGAUGUGCUGGCAGCCUCGGCUAUAGUUGAAUAUACAAUAAUAUACAUAAUAUAUAUACAUAUAUAUAAAUAUAUAUAGUUAGCAGACAAACCACAAAUUUUAUGGCAUAUCUUUUAUUAAUGUGUUGAAGGGAGUUUAGGUUAUCGGAUAGAGGAGUGUAUUUUUAAUUCUUUCAAACUUUCAUUUUAAUAUAACUGUGGUCUGUUUCCUUUUAAAAUAUAUUCUCAGAAAAACUA